CGGCAACCCCACCGCCUGUCGCCCGGACGCCUGGGCCGCGGAGUUCGUGUCCCGGCUCGGACCCCGGCGCCCAGCCCGGAGCCGUAACCUUGAGGCGGCGGCGGCGGGGCCGGGCCGGGCCGGGCCGGGGAGCGGCGGCGGCGCUGGAUCUGCGGCUGCCGGAUCGUUGGCGGGAGAUGUCGAACCCUGGGACGCGCAGAAACGGCUCUAGCAUUAAGAUCCGCCUGACAGUAUUAUGUGCCAAGAAUCUUGCAAAGAAAGACUUCUUCAGACUCCCUGACCCCUUUGCUAAGAUUGUGGUGGACGGCUCUGGGCAGUGCCACUCAACCGACACUGUGAAAAAUACAUUGGACCCAAAGUGGAAUCAGCACUAUGAUCUAUAUGUUGGGAAAACUGAUUCUAUAACCAUCAGCGUGUGGAACCACAAGAAAAUUCACAAAAAGCAGGGAGCUGGCUUCCUGGGCUGCGUGCGGCUGCUCUCCAACGCCAUCAGCCGGCUGAAAGACACUGGCUACCAGCGUUUGGAUCUAUGCAAACUAAAUCCCUCAGAUACUGAUGCGGUUCGUGGCCAAAUAGUAGUCAGUUUACAGACAAGAGACAGAAUAGGCCCUGGAGGGUCAGUGGUGGACUGCAGAGAACUGUUGGAAAAUGAAGGGUCCGUGUAUGAAGACUCGGGCCCUGGGAGGCCGCUUAGCUGCUUCAUGGAGGAGCCUGCCCCUUACACGGAUGGCACUGGUGCUGCCGCAGGUGGGGGCAACUGCAGGUUUGUGGAGUCCCCGAGUCAAGAGCAGAGACUGCAGGCACAGCGACUUCGGAACUCCGAGGUCCGAGGUUCACUGCAGACGCCCCAGAACCGGCCACAUGGCCACCAGUCACCGGAGCUGCCUGAAGGCUACGAGCAGAGAACGACAGUACAGGGACAAGUUUACUUUCUGCACACACAGACUGGCGUGAGCACGUGGCAUGACCCGAGGAUACCCAGAGACCUUAACAGUGUGAACUGCGAUGAACUUGGACCACUGCCACCAGGUUGGGAAGUCCGAAGUACAGUUUCUGGGAGAAUAUAUUUUGUAGACCAUAAUAACCGAACCACCCAGUUUACAGACCCAAGGUUACAUCAUAUCAUGAAUCACCAGUGCCAACUCAAGGAGCCCAGCCAGCCACUGCCCCUGCCCAGUGAAGGCUCUGUGGAAGAUGAAGAGCUCCCUGCCCAGAGAUAUGAAAGAGAUUUGGUCCAGAAACUGAAAGUCCUCAGACAUGAACUGUCACUUCAGCAACCCCAGGCUGGGCAUUGCCGCAUCGAAGUUUCCAGAGAAGAAAUAUUUGAGGAGUCAUACCGUCAGAUUAUGAAGAUGCGACCAAAAGACCUGAAGAAGCGGCUGAUGGUGAAGUUCCGAGGGGAGGAAGGUUUGGACUAUGGUGGAGUGGCACGGGCAAGAGUGAAAUGGCCCUUUUGUGAAGAUCUAGGCACAGAACUCUCAGCACAUAUGAGCUUUGUUGUUGUUGUUCCUAGGGAAUGGCUUUAUUUGUUGUGCCAUGAAAUGCUGAAUCCAUAUUAUGGACUCUUCCAGUACUCCACGGACAACAUUUACAUGUUGCAAAUCAACCCAGAUUCUUCAAUUAACCCUGACCAUCUGUCUUAUUUCCACUUUGUGGGUCGGAUCAUGGGUCUGGCUGUGUUCCAUGGACACUAUAUAAAUGGGGGCUUCACAGUUCCCUUCUAUAAGCAGCUUCUCGGGAAGCCCAUCCAGCUGUCUGACCUGGAGUCAGUGGACCCUGAACUUCAUAAGAGCCUGGUGUGGAUUCUAGAGAACGACAUCACUCCCGUUCUGGAUCACACGUUCUGCGUUGAGCACAAUGCUUUUGGGAGGAUUCUUCAGCACGAGCUGAAACCCAAUGGCAGAAAUGUGCCCGUCACUGAGGAGAAUAAGAAGGAAUAUGUGCGGUUGUAUGUAAACUGGAGGUUUAUGCGAGGCAUUGAAGCCCAGUUCUUAGCACUUCAGAAGGGGUUUAAUGAACUCAUCCCUCAGCAUUUACUGAAGCCCUUUGACCAGAAGGAACUAGAGUUGAUCAUAGGUGGCCUGGACAAGAUUGACCUGAAUGACUGGAAAUCUAACACGCGGCUGAAGCACUGUGUGGCAGACAGCAACAUCGUCAGGUGGUUCUGGCAGGCAGUAGAAACCUUCGAUGAAGAGAGAAGAGCUAGGCUCCUGCAGUUUGUGACUGGCUCCACACGAGUUCCUCUCCAAGGAUUCAAGGCCCUACAAGGUUCUACAGGCGCGGCAGGCCCCCGGCUCUUCACCAUCCACCUGAUAGAUGCAAACACUGACAACCUGCCCAAGGCCCAUACCUGCUUUAACCGGAUCGACAUCCCACCUUAUGAGUCCUAUGAGAAGCUCUACGAGAAACUGCUGACCGCAGUGGAGGAGACCUGUGGCUUUGCUGUGGAGUGAAGAGCAGCUCAGGGCGGCAGACUCUCACUCAUGACCACCAGACCAAAAGCAGAGCUUCUGUGUGCCUCCCGCAAAGCCGGCUGAGGCCUGGAGUUCCAGAAACCCGAGGGAAAAGGCUUCUCUCUCCUUCCUUGGCAGAAGGAGGGGGCAGGGGACUCCCACCAUCUGUCCCUCCUUUAUUAUAGUCCUCCCACCCCUCCAUUACCCAUCCAAUAAAACAAAGCCAGGUUCCGCCUUUGGCCUCAGUCACACGUGACGGACGAAAAGGCUCACGGCCCUGUGCUCUUCCUAAGGGUCAGCCGGGCCCACCAAGGGCUUGCACGGUUGCACAACAGCCACCUCCUCUCCAUACAGCCUCAGCGCCCCUUUUCAAGUUCAGCAGCUGCUGGUUACUUUACUAGAGCUCAGAUUCCAAAUCUUACAUCCUAGCAGCCUGUUCCGGGUGGCAGAUUAAUUUCUAACUCCACAGUGACUAUAUAGUGUAUGCUUAUUGGAAUUGUGCCAUGGCAGGAAGCUUGAGGCAAAAUGUGUUUCCCCUUUGAGAGGUGAAGGAAUUGGAGCAGCUUUCAUUGGAGGCCCAGGCUAUUUCUUUUCAGGGUAUCCUGGCUGAAAAAACUCAUUUUGCACAGAGAAAAACUAUCUUUCCUUUGCUGCAUCCUAUAUCCGGUUUGAAAUUCUUUCCGGUGAAAAUACCACAUAUCGGAGCUAAGCAAAGAACACACCAAAACCAGCCUCAGAUCCAACCAGUCGGUCCAGUGCGGACUCCCGUGCCCUGGUGUACGCGGAGGAGCACCGACUGUGUCUCUAGAAGUGUUACAGACUUUGAUGUGGCAAUUGCUAAGAGCGAAACUAACAAUUCUGUUACUAGUUGAAAAGGGGGGGACAGUGGCCCUGCUGAGCAGUUCCACCUGAGUUCGUGCUGUACACAAACAGGGUAUGGAUAUGAACCAGUGACACAGGAUGGGGAUGGCUUUACACGGACCCAGCUGGCCCCUUCUCCUGGUGGCACUGGUGACGUUAACAGUUCAGUUCACUAACCCACGUCUCCAUGGCUGAGCAAGGGCAAAGCCAGCCGACUGCAUUUCUACCACCAUUUCCAGUUUGCACAAAAGUUCAGACAGUGUUUUAUUUCCACAGAGUGGCUUGUUUUGGGACAGCUAAGCCUCCAUGGAAGAGAGCAGCAGCAACAAACUUCUCGGUAUGGUGUUGCUGUUUUAGUUUGGGGUGGGGGCGAGCACAGGGUAAUUCAUUAGCAAGACAUUUCAUUGCUGUUGAAGUCUGAGUUCAGUGUUGGCUCCUGCUGUGGUCUAGGAUGGAUCAGGAAGGCCCUUUGGAUGACGUUCAUCUGUUGUUUUUGUUGCUUUUACUGAGACCAGCGGUGAGGAGGAUCACUAAUCCCUGCAUCUGGCUGUGCUUCUUGUGCUUGCCCUGGAAGCAGUCUGGGGUGCGCUCACCAUCUUAGGUCACAGACCUGGUCCAGGUUUGUCCAGCUCGGAAGCCGCUGGUCCCAGGGUCUGUAGACUGAGCCUCACUCUUGGCUGCUGAUGUGCUGGGACAAAGGACUAUGUGGGACUCACUGCAGAAGGAGAGUUGAAUCCGUUUGAACAUCCAGGCCAACGUGUGGCCUUAGUCUUGUUCAAUUUCUUGCCUUGCCCCAACAGGGCUCAUCCACGUCUCCUUCACCUUGAUGCUUUGGAGGGCGUUCUAGAAACCCGUUCCCCUGGGACUCCAUCCAGUGUUCCCUUACAGUCUCCCCUGAAGCUUGAGGAACUGAAAGGUACAGGCCCCCAGGGAGGUUUGCUCUGUGACCUGACCCUGGCCAUGGGGAGCAGCCUAAUUCUUGAGGUCAGAAAUUGUGCUGAUAUCCUGGUGGUGCUACCCCACACCUGCAGCGGUGAGGACAGAAGCCAGGGUCUAAAGUUCAAGACUGUGAAGCAGGAGUGGUGCCUGUGGCACCUUCAACACUACCUUCACGUGCUGGGAGGAGUGGCAGGAUGGUCCCGAGCAGCUUACACACUGGCCCUACCUCUCCUGGCAGGGGUCCAUUCAGCUAAGAUUGAGGUAGUGGCUUGGGCCCACCAUGGCCUUGUUGCAGACCUCCCCAGAGUUGUGUCCUGUCUGCUCUCUACUGGGCCUCUGGCAGGGCAUGGUACUUCAGAACCUGAACUGACCAUGGUCCGGGGCUUCUGCACUUCCUGAAGACCCUCCAUGGCAAGUCCAUGAAGCUCCUGGUUGUCCCAUAUGUGAUAUUGUUGGUCCCCCCAUGCCUACCCCGUGGUCCCUCCUCACCCAAAUCUUUCAGGGGCCCAACUUUCCAGGCUCGCCCUCCCAGCGGCCAACAGCCGACACUCAGGGAUGUAGCAAACCACCACUCUGCAGCAUUAGGGCAGGAAAGUGAGGGGCCACAUGGCGGCUGGUGGCCGGCCGGGAAGGGGUGGGGGCAGAGCGCUCUCUGGAUCUCUGAAAGGAGACUCUGCCACUAGGUUGGAUUUUGACCCCUAAGCCAGCUCAGCCAUGUGGUCCAAGUUCAGGUUAGGUGGACCUCAACUCGGAGCUGUCAGGAACGGCCCUCUGCAGAGAGCACACCUUGCCACCUGCAGCCGGUGUGUGCCGCACAGCAGCCUUCCUGAAACACAGCAUGGAUUUUUAAAGUUUGUUUGUUUUUGUUUCUCAACCACUUUAUAAUGUAUUUUUAAUUUAUUUUGUAAUGUCUUAUUUUUAAGUAUUGCUGCUAUCCUUAUUAUUCUUCCCACUGUUUUUAUUGCUGAUUUAUUUUGUCAAAAGUUGUACACUAAUGUUCCGUUUUAUGUCAAAAUCAAAAGUAUUUAAAUACUAGUUCUAUUUAACGUGGUUAUGGAACCAGCUGGAAACACAAAACAGAUUGUACAGCAGGCUGGACCCGGGAGGUCAGAUUCAUUUUGUUACAUAUGCAAUAAACUCACAACUUUACAUUU